CAUGUAAGUGUGCCCGCUCGUGUGAACAUUUUGUGCAUUAUUACGACGGUGAUCGUGUGUGUGCCGUGUGUUUGUGUGUGUUUCUGUCGAUUCUUAAUGUGAAAAUCGUAUGAAAUGGUGACACUAAUGCCUUGUAGCUAUAUAUCUGCCCCCCGGAUCUCCAUCAUUGAUAAAAUGAUAGAGAUAGAACCAAAGGGAAAACGAUCGCGCACCGAAGGACCAGACACGACGGAACGUUCCCGUAUCUACAGUAAUCUCUCAGAGUCACCACUAGGAACGGGAACGGCAGUGCCAACGCUGGACGGUAUCGGUAGUGGUUCGGCAUUAGCCUUGGGCACACCGUUCCACUAUCCGCCAGGUGCGUUGUCCAGUGCGCACAGCCAUCACACUGGUGGAGUCAGUAGUGAUCACAGCGUGUUUAAUCAUACCGCGGUCGCCGCCGGCUCAGCAACUACAACCAUCGGAAGCAGUUCGAUAGCUGCCAAUUCCUAUCGCUUGGGUGGCAAUUCAUCCGGAGGUUCCAUUGCGUUGCACAACGGGCUCAACUUAAGCUACGGACCACUACCGAACGGAGCUAGUACAGUUGGUUCAAGCACCGGAAAUAGUGGUAGCGGUAGUGGCCUGCUGACAAGUCCUGGAUCGCUAGCAAGCCGUUUGAACAAUAGUGCCGGUAGCAGCAGUAGUAGCAGCGCAAGCAGUGGUGGUAGCGGAUCCACCACCGUCACCUCAGGUAAUGGGUCCGGUGGAAGUUCGGCAGGAUCCAGCACCGGAGGGCUGGUGGAUGGAUUGUCCACGCUGGCAACUGGUGGAACCGGCGGAACGAGCAGCAGCAGCAGCAGCAGCACUGUAGGUCUGCUAACGACCGGAGGAGGAUCCGCCGAGCUGGGAAUGUCGCACUGGCUUAGUGACGGUACGGUCAAGUCGGAACUGCGCAGCCCCGGACUGGACGCGAAUCUAGCUGCGGCAGCGGCCACCAAUCUACCGCUCGGCUCCACCACCGCUCACCUUGACGGGACCGGCCUGUUCUGUGCGAAUCCAGGCACUACCGCCGCCACGCUGGACGCUCUCCAGAGCCAAACGGCUGCGGCCACGAACGUGUACGAUCACAAAUCGGACUACUACAACUACUACAACAGCAUGCAGCAGUACACGCCGGCAUUCUAUUCGUCCGCGUACGGUGCGACGGCGUACGGUGCACGGACGGCGUCCACCAAGAUCCCGUCCCCGAACACCUAUCUGGCUUCGCCGUACGCGGCAGCCGCCGCCGCCAGCAACAACAAUUCCGCCCAACUUUACUCCUCCUACGGGUACAACUCGACCUUCGGUCAGUUCGGGGCGGGACAGCAGGAUGGGUACAGUUACUACAACGAUCAGUACAGUCCGUACUACGCCAACACCGCCAGCUAUUCGCCCUACGUCAGUUCGCCCGGCUCGAGCGGUAGUCAGGCUGGGUUUCAUGUGGCGGCCGGACUUUCUGCAGACAGUCCUUCGGAAGCGCACGCCACCACACCGAACAUGCUGGCACACUCGCACUCACCACAGUCACCGAUCUCGAUAUCGCCUACGGCCGGGAUUGGGGCAGUGCCCGGUGUGGGAGGUUCGGUCAGCAGUAAGACCACACCGACUGGGAAAUCGGGACGUGCCCGUGGCAGGCGUCACGCACAUCCAAGUCCAACGCGCAGCUCGACCAGCGAGCCGGGAAUUAGUGAGAAGGCUCCGGAGCGCAUCUUCGUGUGGGAUCUUGACGAAACGAUCAUCAUCUUCCAUUCGCUGCUUACCGGGUCAUACGCUGGGCGAUACAAUAAGAACCGCGACCACCAGGUGCAGCUGGGCUACCGGAUGGAGGAGCUGAUCUUUAACAUGGCCGAUGCGUACUUUUUCUUCAACGAUCUGGAAGAGUGCGAUCAGAUACAUAUCGACGAUGUGGCAUCCGAUGACAACGGGCAGGAUCUCAACAACUAUAACUUUGCCGCCGACGGGUUUCACAAUGCCACACCGCAAGCAGGAGCUCCACCCAAUGUUUGUCUUCCGAAUGGUGUGCGUGGUGGUGUGGACUGGAUGCGAAAACUGGCGUUUCGCUAUCGGAAAAUCAAGGACACGUACAACACCUACCGGAACAAUGUUGGUGGUUUGCUAGGACCGCAGAAGCGAGAUCACUGGUUGCAGGUGCGUUCCGACAUCGAGCUAGAAACGGACAGCUGGCACAGUCUAACGUUGAAGUGCUUGAACAUGAUAGCACAGCGCGAAAACUGCGUCAAUGUACUCGUAACCACAACGCAGCUUGUGCCAGCCCUAGCUAAGAUUCUGCUAUACGGAUUGGGUCAAGUAUUCCCGGUAGAGAACGUGUACAGUGCGAACAAAAUUGGUAAAGAACAAUGCUUCGAACGUAUCGUUACCCGGUUCGGACGCAAAAGCACCUACGUCGUGGUCGGUGAUGGGCAGGAUGAGGAGAAUGCGGCCAAAAAUCUCAACUUUCCUUUCUGGCGGAUAUCGAGCCACAGCGACAUCCGAUCGUUGCACACCGCACUCGAAAUGGGUUUCUUAUGAAAGGCUUACCUUC